AUGACUGGUGCAAAGCGCUUGCUUAUUCUUGACGGCCAUAGCAGCCAUUUGACUGCUGAAUUCGAUGACUUCUGCAAGCAGAAUGCAAUAAUAUGUCUCUGCAUGCCUGCCCAUGCUUCGCAUCUUCUUCAACCGCUUGAUGUGGGCGUCUCUAGUCCGCUUAAAAAGGCGUACGGAAAGCUCCUUGAAGACCGUAUGGCUGCUGGCAACAACUCUAUUGAUAAAGAAGACUUCCUAUCGCUAUAUCCGGAUGCCCACAAGCAAGUCUUUACUUCGGCCAAUAUCUGCAGCGGCUUUAGAGGAGCAGGGCUUAAGCCGCUUAAUCCAGAGCAUGUUCUUUUAAAGCUUACCUUUCGACUUCGUACGCCUACACCUGCACCAUCACUAGCUAAAAGCUCAAAUUCCUCUGUUUUUCAGACUCCGCAGAAUACUCGCCAGCUAGAUCGAAAGGUUCGAAGCCUGCAGAAUAGCCUUAAUAGAAAGCGGCAGCUUUCUAGCAGUCCUAUUGCUCAUAUUCAACAUCUUGAGAAAGCGGCGCAAAUGGCAAUGCAAACCCAGCUGCUUUUAGAGCAAGAAAUUAGGGCUAUACGCGCUGAAAAUGGACGACAACGUCAAAAAAAAAGGCAAGAAAGCGUGCUGAAAUAG